AGAGAGAGAGAGAGAGAGAGAGAGGCGCUCAUAGGGAAGAUAUAAGCAGGGGCAACAGAUCUGGAUUUGCUUGGCUGAAAACACCAAACACAACGGGAUGGAUUUCUGCACGACGUGAACAAGACCGAGGAACACCCGCACCACACAUUAAAAAAGAUCUCACUAAUUUUUUUUUUUUUCUCUCUCAUGCAAAUUUCUAUUUGGAACAUCAGCCAGGAUGUCAGGGAUGGACGCCCUGUUGGUGGACCGCAAUGAGACUGAAAUCUCUCCAAUAGACAACGGGACUUUCCUCCGUUUCUCCCCAACCUUUGCUUCCACAUCUGCGGCUGCCUCGUCACCAGGACAUCCGGGCAACGUUUACGUUUAUGUGUGGCUCUUUCUCGGCCUGCUGGUAUUCCUCCUGACGCUGCUCAUAAUCUCCCUCCACAGGCUGAAAAACAUCAUCUCCUCCUCAUCAUCUGUCCCCGAUUGCAGCAGCGAGGGUGGGAGCUCCUUCACCAACAUGGAAAUCUGUAGUAUCUCAUCUCAGAAGUCCACCAUCUCCUCACUGUCCACCUAAGGGAGAUGGGAUGGAGCACAUAUAAACACAGAGACAUACAGUAUAUGUCCAUGUGCCUACAUGGUAACCAUGCACACAGACAAAGCCCAUGAAGGUCCAGCGUCUUUUCACCGUGACAUACAAUUACAAAAACACUUUGUCAGCCACAAAGAAGCGGACAGCAUGGCAUUAUAAUCCAUUCCAUGCAUGCAUAUUCUAACUCCGGUGGUCAAGUACGUAGGCCCAUGCGAUUUGCAUAGGCACAGGUGAAAUAUAGCAAACAAUGUGAUGAAGAGUUAUUGAUUGGUGAGACUGGCUGAACCCUUUUGAGCCUUAUUUCAACAACAAAGACAGAUGAACCUGAGAAUUGCUCGUCCUCAGCAGGAAAAACAUAGGAACUAUUAUCUUUCCUCACUGUUUUUGUAAAGUUAAUUUAUUGUACUGUACCUGUCAUAUUUACUGUGGAACAAAUAUUUCUUUAUAGUGCAUGCACAGAAUGUCUCAUAAUAUCUGUAGACUACAGUACAUUGCCAAAUCAGAACUGCAAUAAUAUUUAAGAUCAUACAUUGUACAGAAAUGCAUGCUUGUGUCUCAGUUUCAGUUUGUCUCAAAUUUCUGUAUGAUUCCACUGGGGAAAGGACAAGACAUCCUGCUGUGGAUGUAAAGGUGAGAAAGAAAUGAGGGCUGUGUGUGUCAGUUGGCAAAGCGGACGCCCAUAUUUAGAGGUCACCUCUUCGACGCAGCGGGCUCGGGUUUGACUCUGACCUGCAGCCCUUUGCUGUCAUUCCCCCUCUCAUUUCAUCAGUUGUCCUGUCAAUAAAGGCCUAAAAUGGCCAAAAAAAUAAUCUUUAAAAAAAGAAAGAAAUGAGGGCUGUGUAUUAGACUGUUGAGAGGCAGUAAAGCAUCUGUCCGCAGGUAUGGACCAGGUCAAAAGUGGCAUGAACAAGAUGAAAUGCUGGUCCUGAAAGACAGUUUCAGCCCAUAGUGACUGAAGCUCUGAGAGCUCUGUGCAGCUGUCAGCCUUGUCUGUAUUCCAGGUAUAACUACAGUAAUGGCUGUUUUGGCUCAACAUACAUCAUUUGUGUUUUAAUACCGUAAGAUGUUUCUUUGACAUAACAACAAAGAUACACACUCAGAAGAAUUUAUCAGAAAAAAGGUUCAUUCAUUUUUGUCACACUUUUCCAUCAAAUUCAAUAACAACGGACGGGUCGGAGAGCAGUGACGAUGGCUACGAGGCCACGGACAAGACAAGGACUCGAAUCUGUCAGUGUUCUUAUCAACAAAUCCUCACUUUUUUCAGUUGAUGGCACUGUGUCAGCCAAACUCAGAAAAGAGUUUACUAAACCAAUGUUCAAACCAGUGUUUACUAUUGGUUCAUUAUCUCAGCUGUUGACAAAUAUGUAUAGUUAUUAUGUCUAGAACCUUAUGUUGUAGAACGUUUGUUUUCAAGUUAACCAAGAAAUAAAGUCAUUGUUUUAGCCUGGUGAUGUUAAAAGAAUAACUUCCUGACUUUGUUUUGUUAUAUUAAAUCUCACAUUUUCAGUUCUAGUCUGCAAACACAAAUCAUUCAGUGGACGUAGAUUACAGUAUUUUCUUUGCAUGAUUUACUGUACUGGAUGUAACUGCAAAUCUGACUUCUGUCCCUGGGUUAAAUGAAUGUCAUUAACGACAUCCUUCCUCUCGUACACAUUGUACAUGUUCUCUUUUUUCAUGCUUGUAAGGGAUGUAUUUCUACUUGUAUCUCUGUUUGAUCACUGGGUCUGCUGCAUAAGGUGCUUUAAUAUCCUGUUAACGGAAACUCCCAGCACCAUGAGCCCAACAAGUCUACAGCAAUUUGUGACGCAUGCAUUAACCAAACUCACACCUGAAACUUUACACAGUUCAUCUUUAAGAUGCUCCGUUGGAGAGAAUUUGAGGUACAUGCCUAGCUUAAGGGAACUUCAGCGAUGUCAUUGAUUUGAUUAAAGCAGGAGACAAUGCAGGACCAGAUCCUACAAAUGGAAAAAGCAUACAGCCAGUGCUGGAAAUGAAAACUGCAAACGUUAAUUAACUAACAUUGCUCUGUAUGUCUUACAUCUGUGUUCUUUGGAGGUGCUGCAGAAAAUGACAGACAGUAACAGACUGAAAUGUGUCUCUUGAAAUCAUCUGAAGAAGGAAGAUUUCAUACUGGUGUCUAGUGAAUGCAACAAGAACACAUCCUCGUGAAGCAAAAAAUAACCUUUUAGUGAAAGAGCAUAUUUAACCAAUAAAAAGUAAAGUCAUCAAAUUCUUUGCAUAUUUUAUUUUCUUAUCAUGAUUUUUUUUUUCAACUCACACAUGUCAUAUUUUACAUCUUUGCAAUAAAACAUGAAUACAAUAGUUUUUAGGGUUUCA